GUCCUUUGUCACUGUAUGUUAAGAGAGAGUUUUUUAGUGUUGGAGAUUGUGGAGAGAGAGAGAGAGAGAGAGAGAUAGGGUCAAUGAAAGAGGGAGAGAGAAAGUGAGAGCGCAGUGGGGUUAUCAAAAUCAAUACCGGUAUGUUUUUGGAGUUACUAUUCUCAAAGUAAAAUGGGCAUUUGAUGUGUUGGGUUCUUGCUUGCUUUUAAUGGUGUUGCGGUGACGCAUAGAGACUUUGAGAGACGGAAGUCUUUGAUCUCUCUUUCAGGUGUUUUUGUUGAGUCUUUCAUUCUUCAAAACAAAUUGAGGGCCUUCUUUACGUUCUGGGUUUUUUUACCAAUUAAAGAUCGUCUUUUUUUUUUUUUCUUUCUGUGUUCCUUCUUUUUUCUUGCAUUGAUUUUUUGGGGUUCCUGUACGUAGUGGGUUUCUGUGAAGUUUGGGGAUCUGGAUUCUAGGGCUUGACCUUUGAUUUCUUUCUCUUUUUUUGUAGGGGGUAUUUUUAACCUUAUUUGGAAUUAUACUUUCUGAGUGAAAAUUGAGAUUUUGAGUUAAAGUUGCCAUUUUUUUUUUUUUUUUUGGGCCUGGAAAUUGUUUGGGAUAUUCCACUGAGUCACCGGUUUUUUCAGAUUCUGGGUUCUGGAAUUUUUUUUUUUGUUUUGUGCGUUAAAAUAUACUCUUUUUCUUCACUCUUAAUCCAAAUCUUGGAGAAAACCAGAACUGGGUUCUCUUUGAUCUGUAUUAAACUCCGCUUUUCGGCUCAAAGGACCUAGAGUUUGAAGUUGAAGCUGUCAAGGAGUUCUUCUUCUUUGAUGGGCUAAACCUGUUGUUUCUAGGGAAACUGUGAGCCAAAUUUCCCUUAUAACUUUUCUGUCAGAUUGAAUUUCACAAACCAGCGUUCAUGCAUCUUUCACUGUUGAAACCCUUAUCCCACUGUGCUGCUCUGCUCAUGGAUAAGAAGGGCAGCAGAAGGAAAAAUGGGUCUGAGUCAGCCAUUGACAUCAAGAAAAACCAAUCAAUUCUGAGAAAACUCCAGGAGAACAAGCUCAGAGAAGCUCUUGAGGAAGCGUCUGAAGAUGGUUCGCUGAUUAAAUCGCAAGACAUGGAGUCUGAAAUCACUUCCAACCGUGAUGAGUUGCUUGAGAGAUCCAGGUCCCUCGCUAGGCUCCAUGCCCAGCGAGAAUUCCUUAGAGCCACUGCUCUAGCUGCUGAGCGCAUCUUUGAAUCCGAAGAUUCAAUUCCUGACCUCCAUGAAUCUUUCUCCAAGUUCCUGACUAUGUAUCCAAAGUACCAGUCCUUGGAGAAGAUUGAUCAGCUGAGGGUGGACGAGUACUCGCACUUGUCUCCAAAGGUAUGCCUCGAUUACUGUGGAUUUGGGCUUUUCUCUUAUCUUCAGACAAUUCACUAUUGGGAGUCUUCUACUUUUAGCCUGUCUGAGAUAACUGCAAAUUUGAGUAACCAUGCUCUUUAUGGUGGUGCUGAGAAAGGCACGAUAGAACAUUACAUAAAGUCUAGGAUUAUGGAUUAUUUGAACAUUCCGGAGAAUGAGUAUGGUCUUGUUUUUACUGUUAGUAGAGGGUCUGCGUUUAAAUUGUUGGCUGAAUCAUACCCUUUUCAUACAAACAAAAAAUUGUUGACCAUGUUCGACUAUGAGAGCCAGUCUGUGAAUUGGAUGACUCAGAGUGCUAGAGAGAAAGGUGCAAAGGCGUAUAGUGCCUGGUUUAAAUGGCCAACUCUGAAACUCUGUUCCACUGAUUUGAGAAAGCAAAUUUCAAAUAAGAAGAAGAGGAAGAAGGAUUCUGCUACUGGUCUUUUUGUGUUUCCGGUUCAGUCUAGAGUAACCGGGGCUAAGUACUCUUAUCAGUGGAUGGCAUUGGCGCAGCAGAAUAAUUGGCAUGUAUUGCUUGAUGCUGGGUCAUUAGGUCCUAAGGAUAUGGAUUCACUUGGGUUAUCACUAUUCCGGCCAGAUUUCAUUAUCACAUCAUUUUACAGGGUUUUUGGGUAUGACCCAACCGGAUUUGGAUGUCUUUUGAUAAAAAAGUCAGUAAUGGGAAGCCUUCAAAAUCAAUCUGGGUGUACUGGGUCUGGAAUGGUGAAGAUUACCCCUGAAUUUCCGUUAUAUCUGAGUGAUUCUGUGGAUGAUCUGGACAAAUUGGGUGGAAAUGAAGAUGAUGAAGUAGUCCAAAAUGGAGAUAAAACCUCUGAAACUCGCCAUGGUUCACAGUUGCCUGCUUUCUCCGGUGCUUUCACAUCUGCUCAGGUAAGGGAUGUAUUUGAUACUGAGAUGGAUCAAGAGAACAGCUCUGAGAGAGAUGGGACAAGCACCAUUUUUGAAGAAGCUGAGAGUAUUUCAGUUGGGGAGAUGAUGAAGAGCCCAGUUUUUAGCGAAGAUGAGUCAUCAGAUAAUUCAUUUUGGAUUGAUUUGGGACAGAGUCCAUUGGGGUCUGACAGUGGAGGCCAGAUCAACAAACAAAAGAUGGCUUCUCCUUUGCCACCCUAUUGGUUUACUGGGAGGAAGAACCAUAAACGACUUUCUCCAAAACCUACUUCUAAGAUAUAUGGCAGCCCGAUAUAUGAUGACAAAGAAGGGCCACAUGAAGAGCGCCGUGUACUGUCAUUUGAUGCUGCUGUCCUAUCAGUUUCCCAGGAACUUGAUCGUGUCCCUGAAGAAGAACAAUUUGCUGAAACAAGCCCUACUUCACAAAAUACUAGAAAGGAAUUAGGUAAUAUUCAUGGUAGGGAGAUCCAAGAAGAACCUGGGAUCAGUGGACCAUUUCCUACAAGGUAUGCAUCAAAUUCUGCCUUAAAUGGGUCUCAUGUGAAUGGUUUAUCCUCAAACUCCAGAUAUCGUGGCCUAGAAAAUGGAUCAGCAAAUGAAAUUUGCUCAGAGAUAAAAGAGAGUGCCAUAAGAAGAGAAACAGAAGGUGAAUUUAGGUUGUUGGGGAGAAGGGAAGGGAACAGAUAUGCUGGUGGUAGAUUUUUUGGUUUGGAAGAGAAUGAACCAGCUAGCAGGGGAAGAAGGGUGUCCUUUAGCAUGGAAGAAAAUCGUAAAGAGCAGCUAGGCCAGAAUCUGGAGACAGGAGAAAUAUCUGUGACUAGCUUGGAGGAUGAUGAGUAUUCCAGUGAUGGAGAAUAUGCUGAUGGGCAAGACUGGGACAGGAGGGAACCUGAGAUAAUAUGCCGCCAUCUUGAUCAUAUUAAUCUAUUGGGUCUCAACAAAACCACCACCCGACUGAGGUUUUUGAUCAAUUGGCUAGUGACUUCAUUACUGCAGCUAAGGAUACCUGGUCCAGACAGAGACAACACGAUGAAUCUAGUUCACAUCUAUGGCCCAAAAAUUAAAUAUGAAAGGGGUGCAGCUGUGGCUUUCAAUGUUGUAGACAGAAACAGGGGACUAAUCAAUCCAGAAGUAGUUCAGAAGCUGGCUGAAAAAGAAGGGAUAUCUCUUGGUAUUGGUUUCCUUAGUCACAUACGAAUUUUAGAUAGCCCAAGACAGCAACAAGGAGGUUUAAAUCUUCAGGAUACCACACUCUGCAGGCCAAUGGAAAAUGGCAGAAAUGACAGAAAAAGCGGGUUUAUACGAGUUGAGGUUGUCACAGCUUCUCUGGGCUUUCUGACCAACUUUGAGGACGUUUACAAGUUGUGGGCAUUCGUGGCGAAGUUUCUUAAUCCAGACUUUGUCAGAGAGGAUGGGCUGCCAACUGUUGAAGAAGAAACUGAGGCAUAAAACCUGAAACAGCUAAUUGGUGAUUUUGUUCCAGUUUGAAGAGAGAAGGAUUCUGUUGUAUUUGGAUAAAUCAUUGGGGAGGAUAUUCAAGAGCCAGAACAGAAGAUUGAAGUCUCCAAGGUGAGAGAUGUUAAUAUCUGUGGCUGCAUUAUUCGGCUCUUCCUCUGGUUUUCUUCAAAUGCAGGCGGAUGAAUUUGUUAAUUCUUGUUUGUUAUUGCUUGGAUUUUUCUUUUUCACCUUUUUGGAUUCUCGUAGAGUCUCCUUAGGUAUUUGUAUCAUCUUGGAAGUCAUGGUAAAUUAAAAGCAGAAUUACAUUGGCACAACUUCCAUCA